AUAUGGCAAAAUUGUUAGGACUGUAGCCAUGGUACCUGAUCCCAACCAAGCCAAUCUUAUCGGAAUAGAGCUCCAUCCAAUGACAGCUCUCGAAAAGAUAGAAGAAGCAGGUCCAUCUCGCACAUCUACUGCCAAUGUUUUCCAAGAUCCAGAGGUGGGAGCUUCAGGGAACUUCAGUGAAAUGAGUGACAUUUACAGCUUUGGAGUGUUUCUUUUGGAGCUUGUAACUGGACAGCAAGCUGUGAAAAUAGGCUCAUUUGGAUCCAAUGAUACCUUGAUUCAAUGGGUACUAUCACAACUAAGUACAAACAAUUUUGUUGAUCGCCGGCUAGUGGGAACCUUCACCAUGGAAGGAAUCCGAGAUUUGAUCAGGCUGACACUACAAUGCAUGAGUUUCCCAGGAACUGGGAGGCCACAAAUGGACAUGGUCGUGCGUGGACUUGAACAGAUUCAUGAGAAAGAGAUGGCAUUAACAACAAUGAUGGGUGAAAGUACUGCAACAAUCACUCUAGGAAGUGAGCUAUUUGCUUCCAAAUGAAGAGAGGAAUUCAAGUUUCUGGUGUUGUUCCAGUUCAAGCCAAGCUUAAGCUUGAAAACUCCAGUAACAAACCCUGUUUUACCCU